UGCUUACCAAAUGCAGUUUAGGAGUUAAAAGCUUAUUGUCUUUUUUUUAAAAGCUCUACCGUAGUCGAGUUUGUUUUAGAAUGUCUGUUUUUAAAAAGCAAAGCCUUCUUGCAUUCGCAUUAGCACUUUCUGGCUGUCACCGUUAGCCUUGUGUGUUUAUCAGUUGGGUCCAGUUAUCUGGCAGCCUCUAGAUUUGCAGGAUGGACGCAGAAGUGAAGAAGAAAGUACCAACGACAGUUUUGUCCUCACAGAAAGACAAGUCCACGGGCUUAAAGACGGGUGUGGCUACACAAGAGGCUGCUUUGUUUAACAGCAAUGAACAAAGUAUGGGUAUCACUGAGUUUAAUGCAAUCUGUGGCAGAAAAAAAUCAAAUUACAACAAAAACGACUUAAUGCGCAGCUGCAGUGUCAGCACUUUCAUGUGGCAUGUUAUCCUCUGAAGUCAAUCAUUACACCAAAGGUACACAACUCCAGCCAGUGUCUGGCCAGAUUGUUGCCACACUGCCUAACCUCUGAGCUGGAGUCCAAACGCAGCAGGCUUCCACAGGGAAACACCAGCUUCAUAUGACAUUUGCAACCUUCUCGGGUAGGCAGCCUCGUGACUCUACUGAAACACAAACCUAAAUGCAUUUAUUCAUCAGACUUGACCAUAAACAAGACUUACAAGAAGUGUGAUGACUGAACAACACAAAACAAGCUCUUAAAAAAGGACAUUUCUGCUCAGAUCCACUGAAUUAUCAAUGGCCCGUGUUCUUUCAUUGUUCCGGUCUCAGCCUUUUCUGCAUCUUGUGGCGAGGAGAAAACCCACGUUCUGCAAAAUGUCAAUGGACACGCGGGCACGUGAAGUGUUUGCAGCUGCAGUGGAAGCCGUGCAGCCAGAUACUGUGGUCUGUCAAAGUAUUGAGCGCAAGGAGGACUCUGUUGUUAUUGAUGGUCGCACAUUCACGCUCAAACACAACCUGCACUUGGUGGGCUUUGGAAAAGCUGUGCUGGGAAUGGCCGCUGAGGCAGAGAGGAUUGUGGGUGAUCAUUUAGUGAAAGGAGUCAUAAGUGUGCCACAUGGGAUUCAGCAGACAUUACAGCAGCAUGGGAAAGACCAUCUGCUGCUGAAAGAAAACAGCCGCAUCAAAGUAAUAGAGGGAGCUAAACACAACUUGCCUGAUCCGGAUGCCCAGAAGGCAGCUGAGGAGAUCAAGCAUUUAGUCAGUGAGCUGACAGAGAAAGACUUGCUUCUUGUACUGAUUUCAGGUGGGGGCUCUGCAUUGCUACCUGCACCCAUCCCGCCAAUCACCUUGCAAGAAAAGCUAGAUGUUACCUGCAGACUUGCAGGUGCUGGUGCGACUAUUCAGGAGCUGAACACCAUACGUCGUGCCCUUUCGUUGUUAAAGGGUGGAGGGCUUGCACAUCAUGCUCACCCUGCACAGGUUGUUGCACUGAUACUAUCUGAUGUGAUCGGGGAUCCUAUUGACAUGAUAGCUAGUGGCCCCACAGUGAUGAGUCGGGUGUGGCCUGAGGAAGUUUUGUCAAUCCUUGAGCGUUACAAGCUGUUAAACUUGCUUCCGACAUCAGUAAAGGAAGUCCUUGACAAACCGAAUUCUAGGUGGAAAGAGAAUAAGGAGGAAUCUGAUACAUCGGGACAUGUUCUCAAUGCUGUGAUUGGCUCCAACGGUGUUGCCCUUAAACACGCUGGUCUCCGUGCUCGAGAGCUGGGCUUCCUCCCUGUAGUCCUUUCGCCAAGUGUGUGUGGAGAUGUGCGGUCUGUGUCUAGACUCUACGGCCUGCUGGCCCGCUUUGCCUGUUCUCGAGAGGAACCUCCUCCUGACAUUGCCACUGAGGUGCUGAAGCUGGGCCCUGAAGUUGGUGUGGAGAGCUGGGACCUCUGCCGUACAAUGCAGGUUUUAGAAAAAGGGCGUACAGAGGGAUGGGGUGCCACAUGUCUGUUAGCUGGAGGCGAACCCACUGUGGAGCUAACAGGCAAAGGCCGAGGUGGUCGGAACCAGGAGCUGGCUAUGCGAGUGGGGCUGGAACUGAGAAGCUUAGGGCUUUCGCCUAAAGGGCCAGUCUUUCUGAGUGGGGGCACUGAUGGUCAGGAUGGACCCACUGAGGCAGCAGGGGCGAUUACUGAUGGUGGUUUGUACGAUGAAGCGAAAGCUCAGGGCCUGGACAUCGACAACUUCCUUAUCAACAAUGAUUCUUACACGUUUUUUUCUCGUCUUUCUGGUGGGCAGCAAUUACUCGUACCCGGCCUAACUUGCACGAAUGUAAUGGAUGUGCACAUGCUACUGAUUCCAGCUAUUCCUAUUAUCAUCAGAUAAUCCCAAAACACAAAAAAAUUAAAGGAAACUAUGAAGACAUUUUUGCACCAUAUUUAUGAAUCUAAUGAAGGAUUGUUGGUAUUGGUAAAUAAAGAUGUAAUUGGAAAAAAACAGACAUAUAUGUAAAAGCAUUACAACGCAAACAGUAAAUGAAGAAGUGUGAGGGUGGGGGUUAGUACUGACGUCUCACAACAAAAAAAGCUCCCGGGUUUCUUUAUGGAGUCUGUUGGUUCUCCCAGUGUCUUCUUGGGUUCUCUGUGGGUACUCCAGCUCCCUCCCACAUCUUACAAGGACUGAGUACAUAAUUUAAAUUUCUGGAAAUACACACUGCCAUUAUAAUAGUAAUAAAAACACUUGUACAGUUUAAAAAUCUCCACCAUCCUUCAGUAGUUUUAAUUAGAUGUUUUUGGAUGUUUGGUUACAGUUGUUCUAUUUUUUUUCUUUUUUCUUUAGUUUUUUUGUUGUUAUUUUUAAUUUAUUAUAGUUGCCUGAGUGGUUUUACUCAUUUUAGUUACAGUUUGAAUAAGUUUAGUUUUGACCAGUUUCAGUAUUAGUUUUAAGUCAUUUCUUUAAUUAUUAAGGCAUGAUUUAGUAAUGGUAUUAAAAUAAAAACAAUAACUUUUUGACUUAACUCAAAGUCUUUUACACGUCCUAAUAUGUUCAUCAAAGCCUCAUCAGGCAAGUUGUGGUAAAAACAUUUUAGUAACUAAAGUAAUUAAUUUUAAAACCGAAGA